AUGCGCUCUUGCAGUGUUCUUCGCGAAAUCGAACGGAUUCUGUCGUUCUGCGAUGAGAAGCUCUGCCGUCACCCACUUUUGGACUCGCAAUGUCGCACAGACCACGCUUGUCUGGUUCGUUUUGAGGAUAGUCUCGCCAGAGCCACAAUCGGACACGGAGGCGCUCAUGAAGUGCAGGUGUACCUGGUCGACUACGGCAGGUCGCUCUUCGUUAGUCGAUCGCAGUGUUUCGCGAUGCCAAAAUGCAUCGCUCAGUAUGCUCCUCCUCUCGCUCACUACUGUACAUUGAAUGAUGUAGAUAGCCGUUCUCUCGACCACGCCGCUGUUAAGGCGUUCCACGAGAAAAUCGUUACUGCCAGUGAAGUUAUGCUAGCAUGUUAUGGAGAGACACGUCGCACUCACGGAGAACUGGUAGACAUCAUCGACUGA